AUCCUCUUCGAUUCGAUUCGUUAACAUUUAGAGGAGAUGAUGAGUAUAGAUCCGGUUCCAUCAUCCAAUUCGCAUGGGAACCUCGACGAGCAGAUCACGCAGCUAAUGCAGUGCAAGCCUCUAUCAAAGCAUGAGGUCAUAUCAAUCACUCUGUAUUCUGGAAUAAUCUCAAGCCUGUCAAUAGUUUGGUUCAAUGGAAGCUCUAGUGCAAAAAAUGAACUCAGAAGAAGCUGCUUUGCAAGGUUCUGGUUGGGUGAGCAUGAACGAAUUGUUGGGGUUAUCUGCAAAAGCUCAGGACAAGGGAAGGGAAUAGCUUACGGUGAUUCCGGUUUCAAACAAGCCGAGUAGGAGUGAUAUCUGAAGCUUCUUUUGAUAUGUGUAUGUGCUAUAUAUGCGCCAUAUAUUGUUGUCUUUUUGCAUUGUCUAUGCGUGUGCAAAUUGGUGUGUAAGUCGUAGCUUCUGAGAUAUUGUGGACUGAUGUGAUGUACAAUGAGAUUGAAUAAUCAUAUGUAGCUUCUUCAAGUUUAUGUGCAGACCCUUCUGUGCAACUUAAUAAGAAUUCCU